AUCUUCAAGUGAUUCUAGCCUGCUUAAAAUUGUGCCACAAAAAAGAACUCGUAGAAGACUAAUAUCUUCUCCCACAGAAGUGAAACAUACUGAAAAGAUUACGCUGUCUGAAAGUAUGCAUCUCAAUGACUCUCUCAGCCAAGAACUUCAGCCCAUUGUAUAUACUCCAGAAGACUCUAGAAAACCUUUACAAAAUCCAUCUCCAGUAGCUUCACAUACUAUGGAUUUUCAGGACAUGAGCUCAAAUGGAAACAGUGGUAAUUCUCUAAAAGUGCUAUCUGAAGUAGAUACCACUCUUAAUAGAGGAGGGGAAUGUGAGGAGAUUUUGGACUCUACAUUUACCAUAGAUGAAGACACCAGGAACUCGAGGAGUAAAUUACCUGAACAAGAAUCUCGACCAAACAACAGAAAAAAUGCUUUACAAAGACUCAACCCCUCCUUCUCAACUAAGCAUUCUUUGCCUGUACCAAGCAUGGUGCCAUCCUACAUGGCAAUGACUGCUGCUGCCAAAAGGAAACGGAAAUUAACAAGCAUCACAUCAGCCACUGAGGAAAAUCAUGGAUUUGCAAAACGUGUUCGACCAGAUAAUUCAAGCGAUAAACAUUUACAAGAAAACAGACCAACAAUGGAAUAUAAAAGAAACAUCCAUAAAGUAAAUCCAAGGAUCGUUAGAAAAUUUGGAAGAAACAUUUCACAAGGAAAUCUAAGAUGAGUCACUUCAAUGUCAGGAAAAAUAAAAUUGAUCAAAUUUGCUUCUAAAAAUUUGCUUUGUCAGUAUCCUUUCAGAAAGGUAUUUAAGAUCUUUGAAAGAAAACUAUUUUAAAAAAUACCUUCAGCAAGCAGAAGAAUGAAACUUUUUUUUCUCCUUGUAUAUGUAAGUAAAUAGAACAUUUCAACAGACAAGGUUAUAGUUUCAGCUUCUAACUUACUUGUUACCUUUUUAAGUCCCUAAUUCACUGGUAGCAGCUUAGUGUUACUAUACUUGAAUAAAUUGAUUAGAAUAUUUUACAAAAUAGUAGCUAAAAUUGUCCUCAUUAUUUUUUGCAAAUAAGAACUUAGAGGUAAUACAAUAACAUCCCCGGUAUGUUUGGUAUUCUGUUAUGGUUUUAUACAUUUUUUGAAUUCUACAUGUUGUUUUUUUCUUUUUUAAAAUACUUUUAUGUACAAAUGUAGAUAUAUAUGUGCCCCCAAAAUUGUAAAUAGUAUUUAAGUAGUUGUCAUCAAUAAAAUACUGGUAUUGUUCCUUGAUACUUGACAUAUUAAAGAUACAGAUUUUUAAAGUGA